UCCCGGAUUGUUGCCCCUGUCCAUUUGUACAGUGUACCGAGUACACGAUGACUGACCAUGCUGCGAAAAAGGCGAAAAUUGAGGCUGGUAGCGACGCCGACAGUUCUACACCAGUCGGACCAAGCGCCAAUGGAGACGCAUCAUGUACCACUUCCAUUCUGUUUUCACUUAGGCACGUCGCCGGCUCGCUCACAAACGCUCUCAAGCCGUUUGAGAUGUUUACUGUGAACAUGACGCACAUUGAAUCUCGACCAUCUAAGACUGCAAAUGAUCAGUACGACUUCUUUGUGGAUUGUUUGGAUUGUGAAGAUGGAAAGCUGGCAAGUCUUGUUGAAGAGUUGAAGAAGAGAUCUUUGAGUGUGCAAGUGCUGUCAAGGUCUUCAAACCAUGCAGAUACAAUUCCUUGGUUUCCUCACAAGUGCUCUGACUUGGACAAAGUUGCUAAUGAGAUUGUUGGUUAUGGUGGAGGUCUUGAUGCAGAUCAUCCGGGAUUUAAGGAUACAGUCUAUCGAACAAGACGUCAGUACUUUGCUGAUAUUGCCAUGAAAUACAGGCAUGGUCAUCCAAUUCCAAGAGUUGAAUAUACUGAAGAAGAGACACGGACCUGGGGUACAGUCUUUCGUGAACUGAGGAAGCUGUAUCCUACUCAUGCGUGCAAGGAGCACAAUCGAAUAUUUCCUCUGUUAAUUGAAAACUGUGGCUACAGAGAGGACAAUAUUCCUCAAUUACAAGAUGUCUCCAAGUUUCUCACGGACUGCACUGGUUUCCGUCUUCGUCCAGUUGCCGGUCUGCUGUCAUCGCGUGACUUUCUUGCUGGCCUUGCUUUUCGAGUUUUUCACUCAACACAGUACAUACGUCAUGGAUCUAAACCGAUGUACACUCCAGAACCGGAUGUAUGCCAUGAAUUGUUAGGUCAUGCACCAUUGUUUGCUGAUCCCGUGUUUGCUCAGUUUUCGCAGGAAAUUGGUCUUGCAUCGUUGGGUGCGCCUGAAGAAUACAUUAAGAAACUGGCUACUUGUUAUUGGUUUACUGUCGAGUUUGGGUUGUGCAAGCAGGAUGGAAAGAUGAAGGCGUAUGGUGCCGGACUGCUUUCGUCGUUUGGAGAGCUGAAGUACUCCAUUGAAGAUGACCCCGAACGUCGACCAUUUGACCCUGCUAAGACCGGCGAACAGUCAUACCCCAUCACAGAAUACCAGCCAGUAUAUUUCUACACAGAAUCAUUCGAGGAUGCAAUCGAGAAAAUGAGAGCUUUUGCUGCCACCAUUCCUCGUCCUUUUACAGCUCGUUACAACCCAUACACAGAGAGUGUCGAACUGCUCGACAGCGUUGAUAAGCUCAAGUUGAUGGCAGCAGAUUUGAAAGCAGCUGUGACUCAUUUCUAUCAAGCACUCGACAAGUUGGCCAAGUAGGAGUUUGACCAUUGACUUGAUGCAACACUGCGUAAUUUCUAAUUGAACUUGAUCAUUGUAAUCAUCACGCAUUUUAUAGCAGCGCUACAGUAUAUUAUGUCAACUGGUUAUCCUUUGAAUGCGUUUAGUGUUGGGUGGUAAGGGUUGUCUGUAAGACAUACAUACAUUUUGCGUGGUGAUUGUACAAUACUACUGUAGUAUUCAUUUCAGAGUAGAAAAUAACAGUCAGUCAUCGGUCAUUGAUUGAUCAACUGGUGUUCAUAACUG